AUGCUAAAAAAUAAAUUUCAGGGCAAUAUUGAAACAAUUGAAGAAGAUAGUGAGGUGAAAAAUUCCACUAAUCCUGUUACCAACGUCGCCAAACCUGCUGCUAGUCAACCAUUGUUCAGUGUUACCACUGGCUUGAAAGAUUUAAUAUUUCGAGGUGACGAUGCAUUACCACACUUGUUGGAUAUAUCGGAAAAAGUUGUUGAGAAGUGUGAUUCUUGUCUUGCGUUAGGUGAAUCCAUAUUAAAUGAGUUGGAAUCUCAGCUGAUGAGAACAGACCAUUUGAAAACCAUGCUUGAUACUAUACAGGAAUACAUGCUAGAAACUCAACUGUUCCUACUUAAUGUCAAGCAACCAUUUUAUAAACGUGUACUCCCUUGCUUUGCUCACAAAAAGAUGUCGGUCAGAAGUCCGCAACACUGGAGCUCCCAGAUGAUGCUUCAAGCGGAAAAGGAAAUGGAAUUGUCGAUUUCAGUCAAGCAACGGUUUGGAAAUGGAACAUCGAAUGACGACGCAGAGUUUGACUGGUCUGCUAUGCUAGAUCAAAGUCCUACUAGUAAAACGAUUAUACAAAAUCUAACCACAGCCAGCGAAAAAUUACGAGUUGUGAAGGAAAUGUCAUUAUCCAUAAUGCUAGAGCUGUUAUUACAAAUCGUUGGCUUUCUGAAUGUAGUCCGACUUAGCUCAUUUGGUAAAAGUGCCGUGUCUUGUGCUGUUGUUACGAGAGGGCCUGGUCGGAAUACUGUCAUAGCUACUUGA